AUGGCCCCCAGUAUCUCUGCUCUUGCAGGGGAGACUCGGGGCCAAGACUGCUCUGUCUCAUCUCCAAAGUAUCAAGCCCUCGAGAUCGACUUGUCUGAGGUGACGCCGGUGGAGCUCCUUCACGAGUCCGAUGAUUCACGUGUUUUCCGAGGUCGAUGGCAGGAGAAGGAUUGUUGUCAUUACACCAAACGAUACGAGCCAGACCUUUUGAAGGAGUACGAAAUUGAUCCAUUCCUUUGUGAAAGUCGCGCUUACUGUCGGCUGAAGGCACGUGGGCUCUGUGAGAAGGGGCAUAUUCCCGACUUUUAUGGCUUAAUUCACAACAUCGAACUCAAGACCGACGGCUGGGAGUCACACCUCCAGCCCUUUUCUGGAGAGCCCGAACUCCCAAACGCUGUGGUGAUCGAAUUUAUCCCAAAUCUGCGCCCAUUCGAGCUGUCAACUUACUCCCCCGAGAGAGCGGAUCAGCUCAAAGCCACACUGAUUGAGAUGCACGAACUUGGAGUACUGCACGGAGAUCUUGAGCGGCGAAAUGUGAAGGUGCAAGAAGAGAGAAAUAGAGCUCUAUGGAUUGACUUUGAUCGCGCCGUCAUAUUCCCUCUCGACUCGAGAACGGAGCGCGAAGAGCAGAACAUGCGAAAGUGGGUGGCGGAAGAACAAGCACUACUGUCUCAGACACUGGUCGAGCUGGCCGAAGACCACAAACGAGGCAAGAUUUGGUGGUCCUGGUACUGGCAUUAUGGUUGGUUCGAGCCGUCUGGUUGGACCGAGGAGGACACAGUUGCUAAGAAUGCUGCUCUCGAUGCAGCGAAGCAAGGCACUUUGGCCGCAGAGCAUGCAUGGUUCAAACCUCCCGAUAACUGGCCAGAGACCACCAGCAAAGGAACGUCGUAG